UCAGUUUCUUUUAGACUACAAGGAGAAAAGGUGUUGUGUUAUACGGUUUAAACGCGUACGAUUGCAUAUGGCGGAAAUUUUUUGUUUUUAUUUUUUUCUACUACAUACAAAUUUCAAACGAAACGAGUGCGAUUAUCAUCAAUUAGGCGAAUUAGUGUCGAAAUAAAACGAAUACUAAAGGACCGGCAAUAAGGCAUCGACGUGAUUAAGUGGAAAACGCAAAAAGCGCAGUGUUUUCUUUGUGUUCUCCAAGUUUGCUGUGGUUCCUUUGAGUUAAAAAAUGAAUUUAAAAAAUAUAUGAAAGUUUAUUUAACAUAAUUUUACACACAAAACAGUAUUUUUGUAAUCACAGAACAAAUAAAGCGUUUGCUUUAAAAAGUGAUAUUUCUACAAAGCAAGAUUAGAGAUUAUUGCAUAAUUUGGUGGAAAGCGAAACGCCUUUUAACAAUCAAUCAAAACAUUUGAAAAAAAUAUAUAAUAAUAUUAUAUGUAUAUUUAACGACGGCACGCGCACAGCAGCCGAAAAGUGAAACGAAUUUCAAAGAGCCAUAAAUAAAAAAUAUUAAUAAUACAUAAAAUAAUAAACAAGUGUGUGAAAGAUACAUAUCUUUGAAAAAUAUUUUAGUUUUUUAUUUAUAUUUUGUACGUGCGAAAUUAAUUUUUGUAAAUUUUUGUUGUUGUUUUAAACACAUAAACAAAACGACGGCGGCGGCAGGCAAAGUCUUAUAUUUGCCUACCGAGAGUGAAGUAAAAAAUUUAUGCUUAAAUGGAUGCAACAUCAAUAAUCACACAAGUCUCACGCGACGAUGAGCAGUUGAACGUAUGUCCAAAUGAGAAAGAUGAUGUCGAACGCUUGAAACCACCAAAACGCGGCUUCUUUCAAUCGUUUCUAUGCUGCUGGCGACGUAAUCGUACGAAAACCAAUCAAAAUGGCACAUCAAUCGAUGGUUCCACAACACCGCCACCAUUACCGGACCAACAAAGGUACCUACUACCUCAGGUUAGGCACUCGGAUAUGCACAAAAAAUGCAUGGUCAUCGAUUUGGAUGAGACAUUAGUGCACAGUAGUUUUAAGCCGAUUCCAAAUGCUGAUUUUAUUGUACCAGUGGAAAUUGAUGGCACCAUACAUCAAGUUUAUGUACUCAAACGGCCCUAUGUCGAUGAGUUCCUGCGAAAAAUGGGCGAAUUGUACGAGUGUGUUUUAUUUACAGCAUCACUAGCCAAAUACGCGGAUCCCGUUGCCGAUCUGUUAGACAAAUGGGAUGUGUUUCGCGCAAGACUGUUUAGGGAAUCGUGCGUUUAUUACAGGGGAAAUUAUAUUAAGGACUUAAAUCGUCUUGGGCGUGAUUUACAAAAAAUUGUCAUUGUUGAUAAUUCACCAGCGAGUUAUAUAUUUCAUCCAGAUAAUGCGGUUCCUGUAAAGUCAUGGUUUGAUGACACGAACGAUUCGGAGUUGCUUGAACUCAUACCGUUGUUUGAAAAACUCAGCAGAGUUGAUUCUGUAUAUAGCGUUCUCUGCAAUUCCAAUAAUCCGCUGAAUAAUGUUGCGAAAAUAAACAUCACGAAUCAACAGCAAAUGUCCAUGCCGCAGUCGCAGUUGCAUCAAACUGUACAACAACAACAACAAUUGCAAAUACAAACGACCCAUCCACAGAAUCAGCAGCAGGGAGGAGUGCAACAAACGAUUACAGCAACAACGGUAAUUACGCAAGCGACAACAAUAUCAGUACCAACAUUGCUGACGACACAGCAUCCACAUCAGCAACAACAACAGCAUCAACUGCAAACAAAUCAGCAGCAGCAGCAUCAGCAGCAGCUGGAUGGUAGUCCGCCAAAUCCGCCCGAUUUAAGUAAUAAAACGUAACAUCAGUGGGAAUUGAUGUUUAUUAAUAUAUAAUUUGCGUUUUUUGCUUUUGAAUAAAUUAGCGUACACACAUACAUACAUAUAUACAAC